AUGAGCGAAUUGACUGUGAGCUAUGGUCUUUUACCGCCACAGGGUCGUAGCUCCCAAAACCUACACAUUUUACCGAUCAGCAAGAUACUGUACCCCUAUGAUCGUAAUGACUGUUUUAUAACUUGUGGUAGAGAUGGUUCAGUGAUAAGACAUCUCUGUACGCCCGAAGGUGUUUCCAUUGGCGGUGUUAAAGUACAGGCACAUAGCGAUUGGGUUUCAGAUAUAAUUCAAGUGGAUAUUGAUAGUUAUGUUACUGUGAGUUACGAUUUUUCCAUCGUUCUGCUAACGUGGAAGCCUGCAUUGGGAAAUUGGGAAACGAAGAUUAUUGGCGAUCAUGAGGAUUACAUUAAGUGUAUCGUUGGAAUACCAACGACAGAAGAAGACUGCAUUAUGUUUGCCACUGGUGGUCUUGAUAAGAAAGUUAAAGUUUGGAAGAUGGAAUCUAAAUCUAAUGGAGCCGAAUGUAUACGGGUUUUUGAUAAUAUUCAAGCUAACGAUACAGGAUCCAUUUAUACAAUGGAUUCCGUAGGAGCACAUAAAAAUUUACCUUUUGAUCUUAUUAUUGGGGAUGGAAAUGGUGAUUUAAUUUUUUAUUCUAGCAAACAGGAUAAGGAAUUUUCAAGAGUUAAAAAUAUUCAUUUUACUAACAUGAAAGUGGUUAAAAUGUUUGAUGACUAUACUAGACUGGUUAGCACCUGUUCUGAUGGAUUGAUCUGUAUCUGGGAUUUAACAGAAGUGACGAGCGUGCUUAAAAUCUUAGCUUCCUUCAAAUGGGAUUGUUCAAUUUGGUGUAUUGAAGGUAAUAGUCUAGAGGAAUUAUAUGUCGGGGAUUCAAAGGGUAGAAUUACAAAAUCAAACUUUUCCAAUAUUCAAAACGUCGGAUUAGAGGUUGUUUACGAACCUCAACCAAGUAUUGAAGAGACUAAUGAAGAUACAAGGUCACAAUCAUCGACAAAGCCAAAGAAAAAACAUGUGGGAAUUCUAUGUAUCAAUUGGCUACGCAACAACUACUUACUGUUUUCCCAAUCAGUUGAUUCCAAUUUAAAUCGAUUGGAUUUAAGUAAUAACACUUUAGCCGUGGCUGAAGGUGGUAUUGCACUCACAAAAAGCUCUCUAUUGACCAAUAGAAGACAUGUUAUUACAGAAAAUACCAAGGGCGAAAUUCAACGAUGGGAUAUCGUUGUUUGUGAACUGUUAGACACAUUUGAUCCAUCUGAGGGUAAUUUUGAUCAAGUGGUUUCCAAAUAUACAUCUAGGGAAGUUUUAUCUCAUUGGUGUUCAGUAUCUGUCAAAGUGGGACUUUUAUUUGUUAAAUUAAAUCAACGUCUUUUGAACACCGAAGUUUAUGGAUCAUCUUUAAAAGAAUACCAUGUGGUAAAUGGUUUGAAGCCCAACCCAGAUGAGCGCUAUAACUUGGGUAAAAUUGUAGCCAAUUCCCUUUUCAACGAAUUAGUCAUGUAUGAAAUGCAUAAGGAUAAAGUUUAUCGUUUAGAAAUGGUUUCCAAGAAGAAGAAUAGUUCUUUUUUCCAUAAGGAGACGAGCAACAGUACAGAAUCACCAUUAGACACUAAGAGGGGUGCUACAAGACGAAAGUCUGCAUUCCACAGACUAAAUACCAAUGCUGGUCAGCUUGCGACAGAGAGGUGCUCGCCUUCUACUUCAGCACCUAAUAGCCCAUUUUUACAAGGGGAGUCACCCUUACCAGUGGACGACAAGCCAUUUUUAGGACCACCUGCAUUCAGUGAUCGCGGAUUGACCACAAGGGCUUCUUCUAAUGCAAGUAGUAACGAUGCCAAUAGUGAUUCAGGGUACAAUCCCCCCCAUCUGAAAACAACUGAGGCUCGUACAACAAGUUCAGGUUCUCUAUUUGGACGUAAACUACGACUUUUCAAGACGACUAGUGCCCGUGCAUUAGCGGGAUCUAGUGGUAGUAAUGAUAGUAAUUAUACUUCGGCGGUUUCUGAUGCAGAAGAGUCUGCUGUAGACGAUGAUACAAAAGAUACCAGUGCUACUUCAACAAACACUGUGAAUACAACAACUACGAGUACUCAUGCCCCAGCGGAAACGGUCGUAUGGAAUUCUGAAUUAAGUACCGAUAGUGUACCGUUACCACAACCUAGCGACACAACUAAACCUACAAGUACUAGUGCGGAACCUGCCGAAUCUGAACAGAGGAAAAAAUCUAGGGAGGAGAGCAUGUCUGAUUUGAUUGAACAAUUCCACGACAACUACAGAUCACAGGUGAGUAACAAUACUUCGACUUUAAAGAUGCUUUCUAGAAAACCACCACAUACCAAAAUAAUAAGAGAUGCUUGCUCACCAAUAAUUCGUGUUACCAAUGGUGUACUCAUAGUAUUACAUUCUUGGCAGAAGGGAUCGUGCGGUGGAAGAGUUCUUUUCUCUACAUAUUUACCGCCUGCACGCAAUGAUGAGUAUGUAAAGACUUUGGAAAAAGUUGAUGGCGACGAAAGUGAAGAUUUCGAGGACACACUAGGGGAGCCUUUGCAGCAAGAGAGGGUUAUCGAGGAGAAGGAAAAACUGAGUAAAGAAGAAUGGGCAGAUCGAGAAUUUGGUAAUGGUAGCAAUAGAAGACAAAUUUAUGAACAAUUAGAAAAUAUUUUGCCGUUUUGGUUUUCCAAAACACUACUUUGUGAUUCUAAAGUAGUCAAACAACAACCGAAAUUAAAUUUUGUCAUUACACCGUGGCGUGGUAGUAAUGAUCAAGCUACUGUGUCCCAAGGUUCGUCUCAGGGUUCUUCUCAACAGCAGCAGCCGUCUUCUCUACAACAUUACAAGAUGAAAUUUGGCAGAUCAGGUCUAAGAUCUAAUGAUACGCUACUGGGGACUACAGAUCUUCCCAAAGUUUCCGAAACCAAUUUGAAAUUACUAGCACCGGCUAUGAUUAAAGUUAAGAAAAUCAAGGUUUAUAUUGUCGAUAGAUUUGAAACCAAGACACCGGAGAUGAGAAACAAAAUAGAACCCAGCGAAUGGUUAGAAUUAUUGUGCAAGGGCCAAAUAUUAGACAAUGACAUGACGUUGAGCACGGUGAGAACACUCUACUGGAAAUCACAAGGAGAUAUCGUCUUUGAAUACAGGAGGAAAACAUCAGCUCCAUCCGCCAUUUAA